ACUGCUUGGGCGGGGGUGACCCGGCACUUAGCCGGGCCAGGGCCCCUCCCACAGAGAUGCGGUCCUGAGGUGGGGGGCUGCAGACGCAAGGUGCUGCCGGCCCUGCUCUUCGUCCCCUUUGUCUCCCCAGAUUCGCCCGCCCCGAAGCAGCACCUGGAGGAGCAGCAGGAGAUGGUGGGGCCCGUGCACCCUGCAGCCCGGGCCCCCCAGGAAUCAGUAACAUUCAAGGAUGUGGCUGUGGACUUUUCCUGGGAGGAAUGGGGGCACCUGGCCCCUUCUCAGAAGGAGUUGUACCGAGAGGUGAUGCUAGAGAACUAUAGAAACCUGGUCUGCCUGGUAGGACUUGCUGUCUCCAAACCAGAUGUGAUCUUCCAGUUGGAGCAAGAAGUACCUUGGAUGCCAGAGGGAGAAGGCCCAAGAUUCAGGUGUGCAGACCGGAUGACUAGGCCUGAAACUCCAAAGCUGGGCAUUUCUAUGGAUUUGUCAUCCCUGGAAAGACUCCCAAGAGAAGGCACCUGUGCCUCCAAGUUGGGAGAAUCUUAUGACUGUAAUGCUGGGUUAAAGAGGAAACAGAAUAAUGAAGAGAAGCAUUUUCAGCAAGUAAAAAUCAUCCAGAGGAACUCUUUGAAUACAGUGAGGGACAAUGAAUGUAAUGUAUGUGGCAGAAGGUUCUGUCUAGCACAAGUCCAUUCUCCAUACCAGGGAGAACAAAUAGGAAGGAGUCUCUACAAGUAUGAUACAGACAAAAAGAGCUACUCACUCAAUUUAGACCUAAGUAGAAGCAGUGAAAUCAACGCAAAGAAGAUACUUUCCAGGUAUAAUGAAUGUGAAAAUUUCUUCAGCCAUGAUUCCAACUUUACUGAAUAUCAAGGAAAUUGUACUAGAGGGAAACUUUGUGAAUAUGAUGAAUGUGGGAAAGCCAUAUGCCCUAACUCAUACAUUCCUUCAUAUCAUAGGAUUCCUUCUGGAGAGGAACAAAAUAAAUAUGAUGAUUGUGGGGAGACCUUCUCCCAGGGCCCACAACUUAUUGAACAUCAGGUAAUGCCUCCUGGGGAAAAAGCAUAUGAAUGUAAUGAAUGUGGGAAGACCUUUAGGUACAGUUCUUCCCUUUCUUCUCAUCACAGGAUUCAUACUGGGGAGAAACCCUAUGAAUGUAAUGAAUGUGGAAAGACCUUCAGACACUGCUCAUCCCUCACUUUCCACCUCAGGAUUCAUACUGGAGAAAAACCUUAUGAAUGUAAUGAAUGUGGAAAGGCCUUUGGCCAAAGCAUACAACUUCUCGGACAUCAAAGAAUUCAUACUGGAGAGAAACCUUAUGAAUGUAAUGAAUGUGGGAAAACCUUCAAACACAGUUCUUCUCUUACUUACCAUCACCGAAUUCAUACUGGAGAGAAAUCACAUGAAUGUAAUGAAUGUGGAAAGGCCUUUCGGGAGAGUUCAAAACUGACCCGACAUCAAAGAAUUCACACUGGAGAGAAACCUUAUGAAUGUAAUGAAUGUGGGAAAGCCUUCAAACACAGUUCUUCUCUUACUUACCAUCACCGAAUUCAUACUGGAGAGAAAUCACAUGAAUGUAAUGAAUGUGGAAAGGCCUUUCGGGAGAGUUCAAAACUGACCCGACAUCAAAGAAUUCACACUGGAGAGAAACCUUAUGAAUGUAAUGAAUGUGGGAAAGCCUUCAAACACAGUUCUUCUCUUACUUACCAUCACCGAAUUCAUACUGGAGAGAAAUCACAUGAAUGUAAUGAAUGUGGAAAGGCCUUUCGGGAGAGUUCAAAACUGACCCGACAUCAAAGAAUUCACACUGGAGAGAAACCUUAUGAAUGUAAUGAAUGUGGGAAAGCCUUUAGCAGGAGAACACAACUUACUCGACAUCGGAGAAUUCAUACUGGAGACAAACCUUAUGAAUGUAAACAGUGCGGGAAAGCCUUUUGUCAGAAGACCCAGCUUACCAAACAUCAACGAAUUCAUACAGGAGAGAAGCCAUAUGAGUGUCGUGAAUGUGGAAAGGCCUUUCGCCAAAGGUCACAUCUCACUUGCCAUCAGAAACUUCAUAUUGGAGUAAAGCUUCAUGAAUAUAAUGAAAAUCAAAAGGAUUUUAGUCAUACACCUUGCUGAAUAUUUGAGAAUGCAUAUUAAAAAAAACUGUAAAUGAA